CCCGAUGCCGGCCAGCGGAGCCCGCGAUGGCUUCCGCUGGAGGCGGCGACUGCGAGGGCGCCGCGCCGGAGGCGGACCGCCCUCACCAGCGGCCCUUCCUGAUCGGGGUGAGCGGCGGCACCGCGAGCGGGAAGUCCACUGUGUGUGAGAAGAUCAUGGAGCUGCUGGGCCAGAACGAAGUGGACCACCGGCAGCGGAAGCUGGUCAUCCUGAGCCAAGAUAGGUUCUACAAGGUCCUGACUGCAGAGCAGAAAGCCAAGGCAUUGAAGGGCCAGUACAAUUUCGACCACCCAGAUGCUUUUGAUAACGAUUUGAUGCACAGGACUCUGAAAAACAUCGUGGAGGGCAAAACCGUCGAGGUCCCAACCUAUGAUUUUGUGACCCACUCCAGGUUACCGGAGACCACGGUGGUCUACCCUGCAGAUGUGGUCCUGUUUGAGGGCAUCUUGGUGUUCUACAGCCAGGAGGUCCGCGACAUGUUUCACCUGCGCCUCUUCGUGGACACGGACUCGGACGUCAGGCUGUCGAGAAGAGACGAAGAAGUAUGCCGACGUGAUCAUCCCCCGAGGGGUGGACAACAUGGUGGCCAUCAACCUGAUUGUGCAGCACAUCCAGGACAUCCUGAGCGGCGACAUCUGCAAGUGGCACCGAGGGUCCAACGGGCGGAGCUACAAGAGGACGUUUCCCGAGCCGGGAGACCGUCCCGCAGUGCUGACCUCCGGCAAGCGAUCGCACUUGGAGUCCAGCAGCAGGCCCCACUGAGCGGCGGGGUGCCCGGCCUCCCGGGCAGGCCCCCCGCCCCCGCCCCGACAGACUGUUCGGGCUGUGUCCGGAGAUGCCUGCCCCCCACCCCCCGUGUGGACGCAGCUGCUGCUUCCUCUCUGCGUCUCACGGUACAGACGGGGGGUGGGGGGGGGGGUGGAGCGCGAGGAUCACGGGGUUCCUCCCUGUUGUGGGCAGACCUGCACCUGUGACACUCAGCCCCCCGGGAUGGCGGCAGGCCCUCCUGCUGCCUUCACCUGCUUCCUCGCGUUCAGGAAGCUUCGAGUCCGUCUUUAAGUUCCUGAGAAGCGUGCCACAGAACGUGUGGCGAGCAAGUCACGUUAUUUCGGGAGCAUCGAGCAGCCCGCCUGGACGCGGUGGCUGUCCCAGUGUGUUCGACGGGAACCCACGGCGUGAGGGACUUUGUCCAGGACGAUCUGGUUCCCACACAACGUGUGACCGAAACAUAGGUUUGGAGAGGGAGCGUUUCCCCUUUUUACGUGUUACACGUGCGAGUGUUUUGUUUCGUUGUUAUUUAUUCUACCGUUAAUUGUGACCUAGUGACGGAGUCUCGUGCCCCGCAGCGGGGUGCGACCCGGUCUGGCACGCACGGAUGUAGGAGCCACGGAGGGGUCUCCUUCCUCCUGGCCUUGCGCCAAGGGCAGAGUCGAGGAAGGAGCCCUGGGAACAAGCUUCCCUUAGCCAGCCUCGGCCGCAGGGGACGGGCCCCGCUCCCCCGGCCCGAGCCCCGUCCCCGGCCCUGCGGGUCGGGACAGGAGGCAGGCUGGCGCCCGCCGUGUCCACACACAGUCCUACUCGGGGUCAGGCCUCCCCGCUUGCAGGAGCCUCCUGGGCCCCGCGUGCUCUGCGGACAGGCCUUCCCGGGUCGGGGCGCACCGUCCAAAGGCAGCCCGUCUCCCUGCACACACCUAGAGUCCGCGGCCGCACAGACGAUGCCCGGGCUCCAUGUCGUCCUGCUUUGUCUUCCCCUCCCCAGUGGCACCGUUCCUGUAAAAGCGACGCUUUGCCGUUGCCACCGGCUAAACCGCACGGGCACUUCCGGUUUCCUUCUAGCGAGUACUGUGUGUAGUGA